AUGUCCUUCGGAGAAAACGUGAUCGUUGGCCUCCAAAAUAUGGUGAUCAUCGUGCUAUUCUGGCAGUACAGCCCACAGCUGCCACGGCUUCCACGGGUCGCGGGCUCCGCAAUCUUCUUGCUGGCCAGUGUGGCAGUUUUGGUCUUAGGCUUGCCUGCCGCGGCUCUGGCGGCUCUGGGCGGUGCGCCCAUCUUCCUAGGCAAUGGCGCGAAAGUUCCCCAGAUCUUGAAGAACAUGUCGCAAAAACACACGGGGACCAUGUCCGUAGUGCCGGCCUUUCUAGGCUUCGCCGGGUGCAGUGUCCGCGUAUUGACGUCCAUCUUGCAGAUGCCGGAAGAUUUGCUGGCGAUCAUGAACCCCUUGACUGCAGCGCUGAUGUGGUUCGUGCUACUGGUACAGUUUUUGAUGUUCUAUGAGGCCACUAAGAAGGUGCAAGAAGAGGCAGAGGCGAAAAAGAAAGCGGCCGCCAAGAAAGCGGAGUGA